AUGCAGGAAAGUCUAUCUGAGACCACCAGCUCGGGGCAGUUAUGUUACGAGUCCAACGCGAAGAAGCUCGGGGGUCCUACUUGCCGUCGCUUCCAAUCUAUACACCUAAAGGCUCCCGCACAAAAACUCGAUUUGAUCCACGCGUUAGAGCAGCUGGCCGUUUCAGAACGCUGCCAACUGACAAAUGACUCGGAUAGCGCACGAGAGAGACUACCAGGUAAGACAUAG